CAGUUGACUGCAACAGUAUUACAAUCUGAAAAUUAGAAAGCAAUUUCGAAAAAGAAAAAUCAGAAAGCUAAAGAGAUGACACUGAAAUUAUACGUAGAUCGAUUGUCCCAAUCUUGUCGUGAAGUUAUCAUCUUCUGCAAGUUAAAUGGGAUAGACUUUGAGGAGGUUUACAUUGAGCUCUCCAAAAGCCAUAAUUUAUCUCCUGAAUUUAGAGAAAUCAAUCCCAUCCAGCAAAUACCAGCUAUAAUGGAUGGAAAAUUUAAGCUUUCCGAAAGUCAUGCAAUUCUUAGAUACCUGGCUUGUGCAUUUCCACGAAUUGCAGAUCAUUGGUAUCCAGCUGACUUAUACAAAAGAGCAAAGGUCGAAUCUGUGUUGGAUUGGCAUCGUACUACCUUCCCUCGUGGCCAAGGUUCAUUCGUCUUUUAUUCUGCUCUUGCUCCUACUGUCGGGUUGCCUUUGAAUACAAAAGCAGCAGCAAGAACUGAGAAGAAUUUUAUAGCAUCUCUUGCAAUGAUCGAGUCUGUUUGGCUACAGAAAAAAGGACGGUUUUUGCUUGGGAGUGACCAACCUUCAAUUGCUGAUCUUAGCUUAGCAUGCGAGAUUAUGCAACUUGAGGUUCUGGAUGAAAAGGAUCGUGAGCGGAUAUUAGGCCCAUUCAAGAGAGUUCUGAAGUGGCUUGAUGAUACGAAGAAUGUCAUGGCACCUCAUUUCGAAGAAGUACACUCAAUUCUCUAUAAAUUUAAAGAGAAGUUGCAAAAGCAAACAAUUACUCAACCGGGCAGAAAACCUGUCCUGCACUCGAAGAUGUGACAAAGCAGUUGGGAAACCAGACGCUGCAUUAUGCUUGCAGCAUUGCGGAUGAUUGCUUCUUGUAUACUGUCGAUUUGAAGCUGAUCAGGAAGAGAAUUCUGGUCCUAGCUAUCCUACUAUUAUUUUGCUUUAGAUACUUCCCUUUCCUCAGUAUUUUCAUCAUUGCAUCUUGACUCUUGUAUUUUUCAAACUUGUUUCUGAAAAUGCUUUCCUUGAGUCAAUGGUCUAUCAUAAACAACCUCUCCACCUCACAAAAGGUGUGUGUAAGAUCUGCGUACAUUCUACCCUUCCAUACAUCACACUGGGUAUGUUGUAUUUGUAUUCAUAAAAUAAGUGCACAGUAUGCUGAUCCUAGUGCACACAAUAUGUAAUCAGACAAGCUGAGUGUUCCUUAAUCUUGGAAAAUCUG